AUGACCUCCUUCGCUGAUACUGCUGGACUUCCCGAAAAUCUCUCCUCGAGGCUUGGAGAACUCCGUAGGGAUCUUGAAGUACUACGCAGUGAGCAUUUGGCGCCCUUUCAGGCCAAUCAAUUUCAAUAUACAGCAACCGAAAACGACAUCAUUCAAACCCUCUAUCGGUCGGGCAGAACUAUUGACAGGCUCCUUGAUGCCGACGCCAGUGUUACCUCGGUCGGAGAGCUGCCUGACCCCCUGCUAGGCUUUGACGUCGCCGAAAUUGGAGACAACGCUCGCAAACGGACUCCGGAAUUUCAACGGUACUUGUCACAGCUCGAAGACGUCGAUAAUAUUCGGGAAAGGCUCACUGAUGUGCACUCGGAGCGCUCCCAGCUUCUGGAAGAGCAGGAGUCUCGGGCCAAGUUUGGCCUCAGCCUGGACGAUGAGUCGCUACAGUUCUUAGACGCAAGUCAAGAGCAAGAACGGCUGCUGUUCGAGGAGCUCGACUACGCUGUACUUGUCCUGAACGCACUUGAACGCCUUGUGGAUGAUGAAGAAGCGCUACACAUUCCAGAUGACCACCCAUACGACGAAGAAGACGAGAAGGCCGGUUUGGCAGAAGCUGUCGGCCCCAUGACGCUCUCAGAUUCUUCUGUUGCACGUUCAAUCGGCCAACAAGAUCCGCUGUCAUUCCAGCCAGUGCUACAGACACGCAACCUGAAAUUUGCAGAGCACCUAGCAGGGCCCAGUACGGCUCCUAUCCCGCCUGCCAACUUCAUCAACGUAUGGCUGUUGCAUCGAGUAUACUCUCUACCUGGUCUGCUACGUCAGUUCACUGCACUCCUUGACACGCACGGUGUGGCAGGAGACGCCCUCAGCAUGGAGAGUAUUUUCGUGACCACCUGGUUCAAUGAUAGCUCAGCGGCCGACUUUGCGCGUCAUCGCACAUUCGCCGACCAACAAUCAAAGCUCGUGUAUAUGGACGAUACCCAGUUCCUUCAUCAGAGGAGCGAUGCAGUCUACGCUCGUCAACCUGCCUCGAUACCAUUACUCAAGAUGGGCCCUUCCACAACAGCCCAGGAUAUCAUCACUCAAGCAAUACGGGCGAGGGCGUCGACUCUAUCUCAGUCGUUCAACUGA